AUGGGGAUAGACGAGAUUUUGCGAACGCACAUUCUACCAGGCCAGCACGUUCUUCCCUUAGUUACCACAAUAUCUCUGAUCAUCGUUACUUUGAUUUCGUUUUUUGUCCUCAACAUAAAGCCAAAAUAUCCAAUCGCCAAUCCUCCUGCUUGGUUCGAGCCUACUACAUUUAAGCGUCUCGAAUUCCUGACGAACGAUCACAAGGUAUUCGAGAAUGCCAUCAAACGAUAUGGGAAACAGCCGUUUAGGCUCAUCACCGGUGGGGGUGAAGUCACCGUCUUUCCGCCAGAAUAUGCCAACUUGAUACGCAACGAACGUCGCCUGUUAUUCACUAAAGCAUUCGCAAACGAUUUUUCAGGCCACCUAUAUGGCCUAAAACCCUUUCUGGCCUUUUCAAACCCAAAGAGAGUCAUGCAAAUUGUGGUCAAAAAGCAGCUUACCAAGUACUUGAAAUGGAUAGAUGCUAUCAUUGCAGAUUCCGCCCUUCAGCUGGUUACCCGCCUGUCAAGUAAGGUGUUCCUUGGCGACGAGUUAUGUCGUAAUGAAGCCUGGCUUCAAGCCACCAAGAAUUACACCGUGCACAGUGUCACGACCGGGUUUUCGCUCUCCUUCAUGCCUCUGCCAAUCCAGUAUAUAUUUGCUUGGUUUGCAAAAGAUGCCAGACUUGCGCAAAAGUACUUUAUCGAAGCAUGCGAUAUCCUAGCCCCAAUUAUUAUGACGCGUUUAACAAAUGAGCCUUAUUUGAUCCCGGUAUUGCGUAAAGAGGCUAUCGAGGUCUUGAGUGCUGACGGUCUCAGUAAGGCUGCGCUUGCCAAUUUAAGGAUCAUGGACAGUGCUUUAAAGGAAGCUCUCCAAUUAUGCCCGACUACCUGUCUUCAAAUGAAAAGGAUUGCAACUGAGACAAUCACGCUUGCGAACGACACCAUUCUUAAGAAGGGCGGCUACUACGUCGUGAACGGUACGAGCUUGACGAACCCAGAGAUAUGGCCCGAACCAGAGAAGUUCGAUAUCUACCGUUUCUACCGUCUACGACAAGAUCCCGCUACUGCUAGCAAGGCUCAUCUAGUGUCCACCAGUCCGGAACAUCUCGGAUUUCGUCACGGAGAUCAGGCGUGUCCCGGCCGUUUCUUCGCUGCGAACGAAGUUAAAAUUGCAUUGUGUCACCUUCUGCUUAAAUAUGACUAUGAGCUUGCACUAGGUGGAAAUGUGGAGCUUAUUCAUUCGUCUGGUGAUACGAUGAGGUUCGACCCGAAUAAUAAGGCACGAUUUAGGCACCGCAAGGAAGAAGUGGAUCUGGAGUCUUUGUUUUCCAAAUAA